GGGGUGUGGUCAGGUGACUCCGGCGGCCGCCCAAGAUGGCGUCGGGUCCGCGGCGCCUGAGGAGAGAGACGCGUUGGUAGCGGGAGGCGGCGGCGGAGCUCCCGGUGCUCGGCUGUCCGCGUCCCUCGGGCAUCGCGCGUGCGGCGAGGAGGGCUAUGAGCGUUCUGGGCCGCGUCUCUGGCGCUCGUUGAAGGUGCAGCCUGCCCGGCCAUGGCUCUGAGGGAGCUGAAAGUUUGUCUGCUGGGGGACACUGGUGUGGGCAAAUCAAGUAUCGUGUGGAGAUUUGUGGAAGAUAGCUUUGAUCCCAACAUCAACCCAACAAUAGGAGCCUCAUUUAUGACCAAGACUGUACAGUAUCAAAAUGAGCUGCAUAAAUUCCUCAUUUGGGAUACAGCUGGACAGGAACGGUUUCGUGCUUUAGCCCCAAUGUACUACAGAGGGUCAGCAGCUGCCAUUAUAGUUUAUGACAUCACGAAAGAGGAAACUUUCUCAACAUUAAAGAACUGGGUUAAAGAGCUUCGACAACAUGGACCUCCAAACAUUGUUGUAGCUAUUGCAGGAAAUAAAUGUGAUCUUAACGACGUAAGGGAAGUCAUGGAAAAAGAUGCUAAAGACUAUGCAGAUUCCAUUCAUGCAAUAUUUGUAGAGACAAGUGCGAAAAAUGCAAUAAACAUUAAUGAACUCUUUAUAGAAAUUAGUCGUAGAAUCCCAUCAACUGACACCAACCCCCCAUCUAGUGGUAAGGGCUUCAAACUUAGAAGACAGCCAUCGGUGACAAAGCGCAGCUGCUGUUGACUGGUCCAUUUGAAAAUCAGACUUGUUUAUACAGUAGGUGGUCUUGGAAGUUAAUAGUUCAUGUUGGAUUUAUAUUAUCAGUCUUAGAUCUCUAUCUGCUGGUGUUCAUACGCCCAUGGUCCAGUAAAAAUGGACCAGUUCAUCUGACAUCUGUAUGCUCGCAGAAAAGACUGCCAUGGUAUGUCAGCCUGUUUACUUACAAAAAGUUGUAGUAUCUCUUGCAUUCAAAGGGAAUCCAUCAUCACUUCUUUGGCCUUGCUUAAAAGGAAGCUGACUAUGAAUGGUUGAACUGAAAUGUUUAGUAGUUUUGUAAUUGAGAUUGUGUUUUUGUAAAAAGGAAAACGAGCACUUUUGUGGGACUUGGGGGUGGGUGGAAGGAGUCUGGAUUUUGAAGUUUAGUGAGAUGUCGCUUCUUCUUUUCUUCAGUGAGCCUUAUUUGAAAUGUAAGUGUAGCUAAUCCAAAGUACAGUGGGACAGUUGUGUUUGAGGUGGCUACAGAAUAAGCAAAUGAAGGCAGAUAACAGUCAGAUCAGUCCGUCCACUCCCCAGGACCCAUUUGCACUUUUUAUUUAAAGAUAAGCAGCGGGGGUGGGGACGCAUGCAACACACCUUAAACCACGGACAAUCUUUUUUUCUGUGCUGACUUAAUCAUUUUGAGGCAAACUGAUAUGCUCAUAGGCAUCUUGUUACAAGUUUUUGACGUUAAGCUGUUGGUCAAAGAAAGCCUAGGUGUAGUUCUGACUAAAUGAAGUAAUUACUGACUAAAAGCAGAUGCUGUAAACAGAUGCUUCCAAUAGUUCUGAUAAGUCUUAAAAGAUCUGGGGGAAGCCUUUAACUGCUUAGCAUGUGUAAAGUGUUCAUAUUAUAUUUAUGAGACCAGUGUUUAAAAUAUUAUAAAUUAUGUAAAAACAGUCUUUAAAAAUUUGCAGUCUUAUUUGCUCCUUCCAUUCCACACCUACACAUGCACUCCUGGGGUUCUCCAUCAGGUUUUUUUCUCCACCAUCUUUUAGAUAUCGUUGCUGUAAUUUCUUCCAGAGACAGGCUGAAAUUAGUUCUCUUUAAAUCACGUUUGAAAGGUCCAAUAGAGGCUGCUGUUGGUACAGUGUGAGGUCUGUCUGUUGAACAGGUUUUCAUCUUGGUGCACCCAAUCAUUCUUGCUUUGGGCACAAAAGUGCAAAUAAAAAGUAACCUUAAGACACGUGGUGAUGUAGAUCAUUACCUCUAAGUUCCUGGGCUUUUUUCUUACCUGCUAGGGUUGGGGUUUUGUUUCUUUUAUUGUUUUGGUGGGGCUCUUUUUCUUUCUCUCUCUCUCUCUCUCUCUCUUUUUUUUUUUUUCUUUCAAAUUCAAUGUUUAGCUUAUUGUGUUGGUUUUAGUGUGCUUGCAAUUAAACCAUAGAUUGACCAUA